UGGGGCAGCGAUCCCAGCAGCCCACGCGCUCCCGCCGCGCGCCCUGACGUCACCCCCAGAGGGCGGAGCCUCGGAGGAGGCGCUCACGUGAGCGGCGGGCGGAGGCCACCCCAGGAGAGCUCCUGGUGCCCCAGGCUGUCCCCAGGAGGCUGCCUCACCGUCUGCUGGGGGCCUUUGUGGAGAACCAAGGCUGCGCUAAGAUGGCAGCUGCAAGCUGGGCGCUGAGCACCCUGCGCCUCGACGCCAUGCCCAGGCUGCUGACAGCCAUCACCACCUCCAUCCGCAGCAACUCCAACCGCGCCUCCAUCUCCCACCUCCACCGGCAGCACUACGGACGGCUCUACCCCGUCCUCCUGGUCAAGACUGAUGGCUCCACCGUCCGCCUCCGCUACAAGGAGCCCAAGAGGAUCCUCAUGCUGCCCCUGGACAGCAGCACGCUGCCUGAGGCCGAGCGCAAGGCCCGGCUGCGGCGGCAGUUCCCCAGCAAGCCCAAGGCUGAGACAGAGGAGACCUUUGAGGGCAUCGACUUGGACACCUACAAGAAGUUUUGGAAGAAGUGAGGAUGUAGAAUAAAGUUUUAAAUGAAGACAAGAAA